CUUAUGGGUUCGCUUCACCAUCUUGUCUUUAUCUGAUCCCGGCCCCCCACAGGCCCCGUGCCAGAGGAUAAUCCUCGAAGAUUAAGUGAAAUCGGACUAAAGGUUAUUCUCGGCCUGUUUACGGACAGUUGUACAUCGGGCGACCGACACCAGCGGAGGCAUCUUCUGCGUUCAACAUGAAGUCACAACACCGGCGUUGUGUAACCAGUAAGGUGAUUAGCUUUCCGGAUCCAAACAAAAUGAACGACACAGCAGUCGCAGCUCCUGCCGACAAGAGGGCCCCUCCCAAGUUCAAGCAGAGGACCGCUCGUACCUUCAAGAGCAAGGCCCCCAAACCAGGCCAGAAGGGUUUCGGGGACGACAUCCCCGGCAUGGAGGGUCUCGGCACAGACAUCACCGUGGUGUGUCCAUGGGAAGCCUUCGGCGACAUGGAGCUCAGCGACCUGGCCAAAUACGGCAUCGUCUAACAGCUCUUUCCUUCACCUUCACCUUUACCUUUUGCCACUACUGUCCUACCUGACACACAACCAUCUCACCUCCGCAAGCCCCCAGGACCCCACCCUGGAAAACCCCCUCAUCUGUCCUCUCUGUUCCCCAGAGGAAUCAAAGCCGUCGGUGAUUCGUAGCUCUGGACCGCCAAAAAACACCCAGCGUUCUCUCCCAUCCCAGCAUGCACUUCUUCUCCUUUUUGUUCCCCUCUACCGUCGCCAGCAUUUCCCUUCACUUCUGUCCUUGGUCACCUUCACCACCUCCCUUUGUGAGUAUGUGAACCUCACUCACUUCACCAAACGCCUCUUUUCCUCAGAUCCCUUUUAUUCCACUUCUAUCACAUCUCCUCUUGCUCUCCUGCUCCUCGCCUCCUCCUGCCGUUAUCCCUCCAUUCCUCUCAUGACUCUCUAUGUGAGAUGUCUUGAGGUUAAACUCGCGCCUUUGCUAAAGAGACACAUCCGAAUGGGCAACAUUUCUGGUGCAAUAUGUGAGACUGAGGUGGUAUCUGUUAAUGUGAGGUCUUGGCAAUGUUAUGCUCCCCUUUCCUCUGUCCUUGUCCUCCCCCUUCGGCAGCACCACGGAGGUCUAUUUAUGUAUCAGUUAAACCAGAUUAUAUAUAUAUAUAUGUAUGUAUAUAUAUGUAUAUGUGUGUGUAAAUGCGAUGUCCGCCAUGCACUUCAUUGCAUAUUCAAGUUGAUUCCUCUUUGUUUGCUCUGUCAACAGAACACGAGGUGUUCAAAACACAAUAAAUGUUGAUAUAUUUUCCCCA